UUUGGUGUUUGUAAUCCUCACGCUCCAACUUGAGAUAGGAUACUGGAUGAUGUAUAUCUUUAUGCAACUGAUUUGUUUGUUAUCCUUAGCUGUAUAUUGGUUAGCUGUGAUUUAUUUUUAGCUCUAUGUUUGUUAAAUAGAUUAGGCAGAAAUUUCCUGUUAUUAUUUUGAACUGUAUAAACAGCUCUCUAAUUUAAUUAACGAAGGACAAAGUCUUCAUCUCAAAUUUUUCAUAUCAAGUACCCAAAUUUGGGUUGAAGUUUUUUUGCAUUGAAGGACUGCAGGCCGCUUUUCAAUCAAUUUGAUGAAAUUUUGGGAUUUCAAGAGAUUAAUCAUAGAUCGUGUUCUCUGUUGCUUAUUUUCAUGAAGACGUAACUUCCAAGAGACUGAAAUUACAGAUUCCAAAGGAAACCCACACGAGUUGAUGAAGACGAAGUGGUGGGAAAAUAAAGCUCCUAGUUUUUGGAAUUGCAAUCGCAGGAAUUUAAAAGCAGUGAGAGAGGAACGGUUUUUUUGGUUAGGUUUCUGCGAGUAGAAGAAUGGGCCUACUUUCAUGUAAACCCACAUUAACUACUAACCCACUAAAAAAACCAUCUUUAACCGGUUAACCCACUUUCUUGUUUUAAAUAAUAAAAUAAGAUAUAAAAGUAAUAAUCUUCACUAAUUUUGAUUCCCAUUAGAAGGUUGAGUAUCAAAUUAGUUUGAUACUUCAAAAAAUUAGAAAAAAAAAAAAGAGAAGGCCAUGGAUCAUAGGAGACAGCGUAAUCGUCAUCAACGUCAGAACCAUUCAUUCUCCAAUUCAUCAUCGUCGUCUUCUUCUUCUUCAUCUUCGAUUGAAUCAAAGCGCUCCACAUCAAAUAAUAUCAGAAGCAACGAAGUUUCAAGCUCUAACUCUAAUAAUAUAAGCAACAAUUAUAUGCCUAAGAACACAAGUAAUUCCCGUUAUGUGCCACCCAGUAGAAGACCAAGCAUUACUACUAGCACUACCCAGAAUGAAAAAGUUAAAAUUGGUGGAGAAGAAGAAGUAACUACAAAAGAUUAUAGCUUUCCAGUUUUAGUUGGAACUUGUCCUUUUAUGUGCCCAGAGAGUGAAAGGACCCAACGAGAGCGACUGCGAGACUUGGCUGUGUUUGAGAGGCUACAUGGAAAUCCAGGGAAAACAUCUCCAAGCUUAGCUGUCAAAAAGUUUUGCAGAACAAUAUCAACCGCACAUGUGCAAGCAUCUGAUGUGCGGCCACUCCCUGUAUUGGAAGACACUUUGAGCUACCUUUUGAACUUGGCAGACUCUACAGACCAUCCUUUUGAAGUAGUUCAUGAUUUCCUCUUUGACAGGACAAGGUCCAUAAGACAAGAUCUUAGUAUGCAGAAUAUAGUCAAUGACAAAGCAAUCUAUAUGUAUGAGAAAAUGGUUAAAUUUCAUGUUGAAUCUCACCAUAGGCUUCAACAUGGUGGUAGCGGUGAACAUAUUUCUUCCGUGCAUUACCUCAACAUGGAGCAGCUGAUAAAGGCUCUGACAUCUCUUUAUAAACUAUAUGAUGCAAAUCGAAAUCCCAAUUGUAUAUAUGAAAAUGAGUCGGAGUUCCGCUCACUUUACGUUCUUCUUCAUCUUGAUUCCAGAAACCAACCAAUGGGGGAGUCGCUUUCUUUGUGGUUUAGUCGCCUGCCUCACCCAAUUAUCCAGUCAAAAGAAAUGUGUUUUUCCCGGAGCGUAUUGCGAGCUUUUCGCAUGGGCAAUUACAAGCGGUUUUUUUAUACUGUGGCUGCUGAAGCAUCCCAUCUGCAAUACUGUAUUAUUGAACGUUACUUUAAUGAGAUCCGAGCGCAGUCUCUAUCGUGUAUAAAUAAUGCUGGCUACAAACUUCAUCCAUAUCCCUUGGCACACCUAUCAAAUCUCUUAAUAAUGAAGGAAUCAAAUCUGGAACUCUUUUGCAAUGCUUGUGGUCUUAAGACCUACACUGAUGAAAUGGGAAAUAAGUUGCUACCUACCAAGCAAACAACCUUCUGUAUCCCCAAGGGAGGAUUUCAAAGCUUUAACUUUACAGAUUUGGAGCAGUUUGACAGAUGACUAAUCAAGUCCAUUGCAAGAAGAGAACAUUUGGAAAAGAAUUAUUCUUUCAGGGAAGCUUUGUAAUGCACAAGCCAGGCUUAUUCUCAGAGUGCUAACAUGCUUCAUGCCAUGUUUUAGAGUGCCUUAACCCUAGCUCAGUUGUACAAAGAGCCAUUCACUAUUUGUCUAGCCAAUUUGUGAAUCAUAGGCCUAAGGAUUGAACUAAAGUUGGUUUCCCCAUGAAGGGCACUGAUCGGGCAAGGACGACCUGAAUACUUGCUCUUGUACACCUCUAGGCACAGUUUGUUUGGCAUUUAUUGAUCCUCUGGAGAGGAAUAUCUGUUGUAUUUUAUGUGCAAACUUGUCAUUAUCAAUAUUUCAACUUCUUAUAUUCCAUAUGUCAAA